GAAAAUCAAGAGACAUUAUCCUUUUUAUUAGAGAAGUAACGAGGAUAAGGCCAAGAAUGUCAUCUGAUGGAGAAUCCGGGGUGACUAGCAAUAAUGCACCAGCCAUGUCUCAAUCUUCUCAGGGAUCUAAUGAUGAACCUGCCCCCAUGACGGUUGACGAGGUUCUGAAUGGUUCAGAUAGUAAUAAUGAAGUGGAAGAUGACGUUGCAGAUCCACAGGAGGAGAUGCUUGAUAAUACUGCGGAUGCAGCGAUUGUGCAAGAGAGGUUCUUUGCAAUGUGGAACGCAUUCGUAAAGAAGAAAUGGGAUUUCGGUGAUGAUGAUAUCCCUUGGGCAUGUGAAGAGUUUUCAAAAGUUCACAAGAAAGCGUUUCACCGUUGCUCAGAACUCUACUUCUGGUGGAAAACGUUAAUGGUUAAGCUGUUGAAUUAUGGACUUCUCUCACCGGACACCAUGACCAAGUGCAAUGCCAUGAUCCAGGAUGGCAUGGAUGACCCAGUCAACAUCAGCAGCAGCAACAGUAUCGAUAAGGAUGUUGGCGACGAUGGCAGUAACAGCAAAGUCAUGUAAUAGGAAGAUAUCCGAUUUGAACUUCUAAUGCGCCGUUAAUCGGAUUGCAUCAUCUGCUUUUCUAAAUAAUUGCUUUGGGGCAUACAAAAGAUGCUUUUCUUCAUUUGAACCUGAUUGAACUUUUUAGUUGGAAUUUUUGAUUCUGCUUAAUAUUUCUCAUUUAAUAAGUUUAAAAUUGAAAAAUGGGAAAAGUCCCUUUUUAUUUAUUUAAUCAUCAUGGAUAUGAAGUUAA